AUGUUCUCUUCCUCCCUCAAAGCUCUGACGCGCGUGCGACGCUCCGUCGAACGUCGCAUGCUGGAUGGGUGGGUGGAUUGGCAUCAGAGAAUGCGGGAGACACUACAGAAGAACGGCCACCUCGGGUUGAUAUGUUUCGGAGGCCCGCCUGUUCAUUUUCAGAUUCUGCACAAGCGAUUCGUGGAGAAAUAUCAAUGGCUGGACGAACCGAUGUUCCAAGAGCUGUUUGCCGUCACUCAGGCGCUCUCAGGCCCUGCGAGCACCAAGAUGCUAUAUUGUAUCAACCUCAACCGCAAUGGUUUCAUAUCCGCACUUUCAGCUUUCCUACUGUGGUCACUUCCCGGCGCCAUAGGAAUGUAUGCCUUAUCGCUUGGUAUAUCCAGUGUUGGGGACACACUUCCUGCACCCGCCUAUGCACUCCUCUCUGGCCUCAACGCUGCAACCGUGGGGGUGAUUGCACUUGCCGCAGUACAGUUAUCCCAGAAUGCCAUAACAGAUCAGGUCACGAGGAUUCUGGUAUUUUUGGGAGCCACUGCGGGAAUGCUGUACAACGCACUAUGGUUUUUUCCUGUGCUAAUCUUCUUAGCCGGCCCUGUGACGAUCAUUUGGGACUUUCGAUGGCUGCAUCCGCUGAUGAAGAAGGCCUCAGGGAUUGUGCGAAGGAUGAGACAGAGGCACGAAAGCCAAGAAGUCGAACUAAAUGUCGCAGACCGGUCAACAACUGAUCACACCGAGGAGACGAACCAUGGAAAUCCGCCUCCAAGACAAGAUAUCCAAGGCCCAGACCUCCCUACAACUUCCGAUGAUGUUCAACGCGCCUCAAACGGUAGAGAAAAUCCAAGAGUCAUCCCCACGGGGAGGGAGCUGAAGGUUUCUUGGAAAUUUGGCGCCGUUCUCAUCGCGGGAUUUUUCCUGACCUUCGUCAUUGUCAUGGUGCUGCGAGGAGUGGUAAAGCAUCGACCACUGCUGUUCAGUCUCUUUUCCAACAUGUACCUUGCGGGCACCAUUAUAUUUGGCGGAGGCCCUGUUGUGAUUCCACUUCUUCGACAGUAUAUUGUAACAGAAGGAUGGGUAUCGUCCCGUGAUUUCCUCUUGGGACUGGCCAUUAUACAGACGUUCCCAGGACCGAACUUCAAUUUUGCCGUCUACUUGGGCUCACUGACCGCGAUCAAUGCAUCGAUUCCUAGCGCAGCUGGUGCCAUUCUGGGCUUCGUCGGCAUCUUCGCGCCAGGUUUGAUACUGGUGCAUGGCACCAUGGGACUGUGGAGGGCGCUUCGUACUCGUCGAUGGGUCAAAGCCGGGCUACGUGGCGUCAACGCCGCCGCUGUCGGGCUAAUCUACACUGCCAUCUACAGGCUGUGGGAAAUUGGGUACGUCGACGAAGAGUUCACGAGCGGCUCCAGCCUGGGCCGAGAUCCCUGGUGGGUGGUCGUAACGGCGACGAGUUAUGUAGGCGGAUGCUGGUUUGGACUCCCUGUCCCGUUGGCGAUACUGCUCGGGGGUGUUAUGGGCCUGAUUCGCUAUGGCGUUACAUCAGGCUAACAGUCUCACCAACUUGUACAAGUCUCGACUGUGGGUUAUUGGUGACGCGCUGCGGUAUAUCAUGGAAGAAAGUCAUUUUGGCACAGUCGGCGUCAGAUUCAGAGGGCGAGUGUGAUGCAGGUCUGG